AUGGCGAGUCUUCGCGACCUUUACAGCGAUGAGAAGACCAAGGGUCUAGACACCAACUUUGGCGUCGACUAUGUCAUCAACUACAAGAUCCCGUCAGAGGACCGCGCCAGCGCCGAAGCUUCUUUCGUUCAACUCAUCGAGGCUCUGACCCAUGUUGGCCUGACCACCGAGGUCCGGAGAGGCGACAAAAGCUCCGUUCUCGUCUUCAUCAAGAUCGCCGACAAGUUCCUCGCCGACCAAGUCUACCGAUCCAGACUCCAAGACUGGCUACAGGGCGCUCGAACCAACACCGCGGACAAGGACCUCUCCCAGGCCCUCCGCGAUGAGCCCGUCUCCGAUGCAGAACGCCUGCGCCUUGUAUACCUGCUCAUGGUGAAGCCCAAGAACGAGGGCGGAGCCGGCAUUACCCCCGAGUCUGGCAAGUGGAAGCAUGUCGCCAGCAUCUUCCCCCUCCACAACCACUCCUUCAACCGCCAGUGGAUCAAGAGGGUGAGCACAAAGGGCCAGACGGACGAGAAUGACCUCGACGAGAUUCGUGAUAAGUUCGGCGAGAGCGUCGCAUUCUACUUCGCCUUCAUGCAGACCUACUUCAAGUUCCUCACCGUCCCCGCCGCCGUCGGCUUUGGUGCUUGGAUGUUCCUUGGCCAGUUCUCCUGGCUCUAUGCUCUGGUCAGUUGCCUGUGGUCCGUCAUCUUCUUCGAGUUCUGGAAGCAAAGGGAAGUCGACCUUGCCGUGCAGUGGGGCGUCCGCGGCGUCUCCAACAUCCAGCACCCCCGGCCGCAGUUCGAGUUCGAGCGCCAGGCCGAGGAUCCCAUUACCGGAGAGCCCGUCAAGUUUUACUCGCCCAUCAAGCGGUUGCAGACGCAGCUUCUCCAGAUCCCGUUCGCGGCAGCGUGCAUCGUGGUGCUCGGCACCCUCAUUGUAACCUGCAACUCGCUGGAAAUCUUCAUCAACGAGGUGUACAACGGACCUUUCCAAUCCUACUUGGCCUUCCUCCCAACCGUCAUCCUGGUAGUCAUGACGCCCACCUUUUCUACCGUGCUCACCAAGUUCGCGACGAGAUUGACCGAGAUGGAAAACUACGAAACAAUUGACGCACACCACGCGGCCUUGGUGCAGAAGGAGUUCGUUCUCAACUUCCUGACCUCCUACAUGGCCCUGUUCUUCACCACCUUUGUCUACCUGCCCUUUGGCGACCACCUCACUCCUUACCUCGACUUCUGGCGGACUACUGCGCAGAAGAUCACCCCCAAGGACGUCAACUUCCAGACUCAGGAGUUCUCCAUUAACCCCGAGAGGAUCAGCAAGCAAAUGUUUUACUUCACCGUCACCGCUCAGGUCGUCAACUUCGCCACCGAGGUCAUUGUGCCGUACGUCAAGCGCCAGGUGUUCCAGGAGGUUAGAGAGGUGCAGUCUAAGAUGUCCAAGGAGGACAGCGCCGCCAAGAUCAAGGACCAGCCGGAAGAGGCCGCCUUCUUGGAGCGUGUGAGGAACGAAGCCGAGCUCGAGACGUACGAUGUCACCGGAGACUACCGAGAGAUGGUCAUCCAGUUCGGUUACCUAUCGCUCUUCUCCGUGGCCUGGCCUUUGACUGCUUGCUGCUUCCUUGUCAACAACUGGGUCGAAAUGCGAUCGGACGCUGUCAAGAUUGCCAUUAGCAGCAGGCGGCCGAUUCCGUGGCGCGCCGACUCGAUCGGGCCCUGGCUCAACGCCCUCGGAUUUCUGUCUUGGUUGGGCAGCAUCACCAGCGCCUCGAUCGUGUUCCUGUGCAGAUCUGCUGGCAAGGGCGAUGGACCUCGCGGAACCCCUGGAAAACAGGCAUGGGGGCUCCUCCUCAGCAUCCUCCUCUCGGAGCACUUCUACUUUGGCGCGCAAUUCGUUGUUCGCCUCGUCAUGAAGAAGCUGGACAGCCCGGGCCUGCAGAGGGAGAAGAAGGAGCGUUUCAUGAUGAAGAAGAGACUGCUCGAGGAAAACCUGGGCCAGGGCGUUUCGGAUCAGGCCGCGACUCCGGGUAUCGAGAAGACGGAGAUGAUCACCAUGCAGGCUCUUGAGGAUGAGGCCCGCAGGAUCUCCACGCAAGGCCACGGAGGCGACGAGGAAGCAUUCUGGCUUCGCCAACGCGGUAUGGCCGAGACCAUCCAGAUUGGCCGCAACCUGAUCUCUCAGAGCAUCACUGGAAAUACGACCAAGGCGUAA